AUGCUUCCCGCGACCGACUCGUGGAUCUCUCGCGCCGACGCGUCGACCCGUGCCGGCGUGCUGCUCGGCAAGGCGGGCGGCUCCUGUGCGCGGGGCUGCACUAGCGGCGAGAAGCUGCACUGGUGGGGCAAGGGCGUCACCGACGAGGAUUGCCUCUCCCUCGCAAAGGCGCUGUCGGCGCAGUCGGGCCGUGAGCUCAAGAACCUGCUGCUCGGUACCAACUCGGUGGGCGACGCAUGCGUCCGCGCCCUCGCCAGCUCUGCCCGCGCCGGCCACCUCAAGGAGCUGCGUGCUCUCGGCCUCUCGGGCAACCGGAUCACGGAUGAUGGGUGCGAGGCGUGGGCCGGCGCUUGGCGCGACGGCGGCGCGUCGCUGAUCGACCUCUACCUCAGCCGGCAGCGCGGCGAUGGGCUGACCGACCGCUGCGCCACCUCGCUCGCCGCCGCCAUCGGCGCCGCCGGCGGGUCGCUGCGGCGGCUCUCGAUGGGCGACAGCGGCCUCUCGAUGAGCGGCUUGGCGGCGCUCCUCCAGGCGGCGGCGAGCGGGAGCAGCGCGCUGCGCGAGCUCUCGCUCAACAACAACAGUAUCUGUGGCCGCCCCUCCCCCCCGGUCGUCGAAGCUCUCCGCCGCAUUGCCGAUUCGGCGGCAAGCUGCUCCGCCAACCGCAGCUGUGCCGGCCGGCAAAGGUCCCUCCGGCUCAGCAUCCGGAAGCAGCACGGCUGCAAAGCCCUGGAGGAACAGGCGGCGGCAGCCGCGUGGCGCGCGCUGCAGACCGAGCUACCCAGUCUAGAGAUCGCCUUCUGA